AUGAUAUACAAUUGCGACGAAACUGGUAUUACAGUCAUUCCAAAACAGCAUUCAAGGAUUAUUGCAAAUAGAGGGCAGCGUCAGGUCGGCGUAUUGACUUCUGCUGAGCGUGGUAAUACGGUAACGGCAGAAAUUUGUUGCUCUGCUGCGGGCAACUAUAUGCCUCCACUGUUGAUCUUCCCUCGAAAGAAAAAACAACAAGAAUUUGAAUUGGGUUUGCCGCCCGGUGGUUGGGCUGCGGCAAAUGAAUCUGGAUGGAUGAAUACAGAAGUGUUUUUUGAAUGGUUUAAAAAAUUCAUUCAAUUUUCCAAUGCAAAAAAAGAUUAUCCUGUUCUCUUACUGUUUGAUGGGCAUGCAUCUCACACAAAAAACCUGGAAGUAAUCGAUCUAGCUCGUGAAAACGGUGUUAUUCUGUGCUUUCCACCACACUGUUCGCACAAGCUACAACCUUUAGAUAUCGCAUUCAUGAGACCUUUAAGUUUAUAUUAUGAAGAUGAGGUGCGAAAGUGGUUACGAUCAAACCCAGGUAAAGUCGUUACUUUGUUCCAAAAUUCAACCUUAUUUGGACAAGCUUUCAUCAAUGCUGCGAUUAUGAAGACCGCUCUAAAAGGUUUUGAAAACACGGGAAUUUGGCCAACCAAUGAAGGUAUCUUCACCGAUGAUGAUUUUUUACCAGCUGAGGCAACCAAUAUUCCCAUUGAUGAACCACAAUCUUGUUCUACGGAAACCGUUGGUCCUCCAAAAAAUAUGGAUUCCUUCAACAAUCCCUCAACCCCACCUUCCAAAGACAUAAUGGAAUUGAACAAUACCAUACAAACGGAAAGUAAUGAUCUACCCCAAUGUUCCUGGAUGCCUGACACUCCUAAUGCGCCAAUAAAAAAAUCCACCGGUUCCAGUUUUCCAGCCCUUUCUCCUGAAGUUUUGAUGCCACUACCGAAACUAAACUGUUAA